AUGAUCGAACGGCGCGCGGGCGCGCUGGAUGAGCUCCUGGUGGCGAUCCGGCGGCUGGCGGAGAAUCUAAAAGCGUCGCGAGGCUCAGGAGUCUCGGAGAAGGGUGGAGAAGAUAAGAAGAAGGAGGAGCACGGGAGAAGGAGCGGGAGUCCAGGGGAAGACGUUGAAGGGAAUGGGGGGGGUUCAGAAAUGGAAGUUGACAGUGACGGAGGGCUUGAUGGAGCUGAUGAUAACGAUGAUGAUGAUGAUGAUGAUGAUUACGGUUUUGGGGGUUCUGAUGAUGAGGAUGCGAUGGAGGAAGAGGAGGAGGAUGCGGAUGACGACGACACCUUGUAUGGAUACGACGCGUUUCUGGAAGAAGAUGAUGGUACUUCGUGUGUCAAGGACGACGGCGAGGAGGGCCCGGAUUGGGAAUGGGGAAUGGGACGGUUCCACUGCGUCUCAUCAGCUCCUUCAUCGACUGGAGGUUCCGGCACUGGCGCGGAUGGCCUAUCCUUGAUAGAAGCAGAGGCGUUGCAAGCACAGGCUGCGUGCCACGCCGCUUUUUCUGCUGCGCGCAGAGGCAAGAAGAGCCGGCCAAGUCCAAGAGCGGACCAGGACGAGCCAUGGCAGCUGGCGCAGGGGGGGGGAGGAGGAGGAGCAGGAGGAGGCGGAGCGCGUUUUGCGGUGGUGCUCGCCCUGGGCCUCUCUACCGCCUCUCCCAUCGUCAUCACCCUGUACUUCCCCGACCAUGCCUGGCGCCUCCGCUCCUCGCACCCACACCAGCAGCAGCAGCACCAGCACCAGGCGCAGCACCAUCACCAGCGGCGGCAGCACAGUGGUGGGGAAGAGGCGGCGUCCUUUCCAGAGCCUUCCCGCGUGGUGGUGUCGCAGCCAGCGGCAGAGGCAGGGGAAGGAGGAGAGCCGGGCAGCAGCAAGGGGGAGCAGAGGAGGCAGCGGCGGCAGGUUCUGAUGCGAGUUCUUCUGGAGCAGUGCGUGGGGCACGCGAGGAGCAUCAGCAAGGAGUCCCUUGUCACUCCCAUCUCCGCCGCUGCGGCUGCUGCAGACGCUGCCAUUGCUAGCAGCAACAGCGGCAGUGGCAAGGGUGGCAGCGCAGGGAGCGCCAGUGCUUUAUCUGGGAUGAGCGAGGCUGCUAUGCGUAACUUGUUGAAAAGGCUGGGCGGUUCGGAGCAGGCGAAGACCGAAGCAGCAGCAUCCGGCGCUUCAUCCUCUUCUGCGUCAACGCGGGUGGGGGAAGGGUGGAGUGUGCAGCAGGCAUUGGAGGCACGGGUGAUGCAAGUGGUGGAGCAGGCAGACGAGCGUGCGGGGCUGGAGGCAGCAUGCCGAGUGGGUGUUGACUCUCUUGUUCCUGCCGCUGUCACCGCCUUCUUUAAUGCCCGCAACUCGCACGGGGGGGAAACGGGAGCAGGAGCGCGGGGUAAGAAGGGAGGUCUGGGGAACGCGUUUGUGGGGCUGCUGGUGCACGUGGCGAGGCAGCUGCAGGCGGUGUGUGAGAGGUGCGUGAUCUGCGGGCAAGCGCUGGCUCUCAAGACGCAGCGCGUGCGGCCGUGUACGAACGACUUCUGCCUAUACCGCUUUGAAGAACUGGGUCUGGCGUCAGACAUUCUCUCUGAGCUGCGAUCGCUCCCCCUAGCCGUGCAUCUGGACGUUUCUCUUGCUCUCGCAGCCGCCCAGGCCAGCAAUCGGGAUGUUUUUGAGCCCUUCCCGUCGUUCCUCCUCUGCUCCGCGCAGCAACUCCGCGGCCGCUCCGGCUGGUUCUCCUCCCAACCCGCUGCCACCACCGCCGCUGCCACCGCCGCUGCCACUGCUGCCACUGCUGCAGCCGCCACCGCAACCACUGCUGCUGCCACGGCCAGCGGUGCAGUGGGAGGUGGAGUGGGCGGAGUGAGAAGGGGAAUGAGCACGGGAGAGGAAGGGGGGGAGAGGGGCGGAGUGCACAACAAGCGGCUGCCUGUGCUGUCCAGCGUUUUGCAGACUCUUCCUCCUCUGGCUGCCCUGCAGCAAUGCGAGUCGGAGUGGGAACUGAAGGUGCUCCUCGCUGCGUGCUGGAUGAUCCGCUCUGCUGCUGUGCGCAAGGCCUUAGAGGCAGAGGAGGCUGAGAAGGCUAAGGUUGAAAAGGAGGCGGAAGAGGAGGGUGGAAGGGCGAAAGCUGACGGCGUGGCAGCAGGAUCAGCAAGGGCAGGGGUAGAAGGCAAGGGAGAUGGGGGAAUUGGUGCUUCGGAAGCAGGAGCAGGAGCAGGAGCGGUGGGGCAAGGGGAAAGGGCUGCAGCAGUAGUGCCCACAGUUGGGAAGGCAGCAGCAGCAGAGUCGGCAGCGGGGAAGGCAGCAGCGAAGGGCGGAGAUGGUGGGAUGAGUGGGGAGCAACGGGUGCUGGCGGACGUGCUUCUGCCAUACCGUGUGCUGCGAUUCGUGGUGAGCACCAGCCGUCUCACUCUGCUCAAACUGGACGGCGCUCCACACACUACCAACCAACCCCCACAGCAGCAGCAGCAGCAGCAGCAGCAGCGCUCACAGGGCACCAGGCGCCAGAGCAAGCAGCAGCAGCUGCAGCAGCAUUCCGAAGGCAUCCCCUUGAGUUUGAACGAGCGCCCAUCUCCUGCGACUUGGGGCGAAGGAGGCGAGUGGGCGUGUGCAGGGCUACCCCUCUCCGCGUGCCACCAGCUCGCAGUCUUUGCUGACGGUUGCCCCAAGCAGGCCCGCUUCGAACGCCUGCGCCAAUCCAAGGGCUCCUUCUUUGCCUUCCACGGCAGUUCCACUUUCAACUGGUUCUCCAUUCUCAGGAACGGGCUUCGCAGCAUGAGCAACACAGGGUACAUGUCUGCUGGGGCUGCGUAUGGUUCAGGAAUCUACCUCUCCCCGAAUUUCGAAACCUCGUAUGGUUAUUCUGGGCGUGGGCAUGCGGAGGGGAAUGGGGGGGUUUGCUGUGUGGCGAUUUGCGAGGUGGUGCAUUCGCCUGCUGCUAGGGGGCGGCCAUGGGAGAGCAUUGCGCCAGGACAUGGGAAGACGAGGGAGGAGCGAAUGUAUGAUGAGGAAACGUUGGUGGAUGAGGGGAAUGGGGUUGGAAAGGACAGUCCAGGGGAGGGAGAGACAGGAAUGCAUGUGGAUGGUGCUGCUGGUGCUGGUGGUGCCGCUGCUGCUUCGUCUGUUGGUGGUGCUGGUUCUGCUGCUGCUGCUGCUGCUGCUGCUGCUGCUGCUGCUGCUGCUGCUGCUGCUGCUGCUGCUGCUGCUGCUGCUGCUGCUGCUGCUGCUGCUGCUGCUGCUGCUGCUGCUGCUGCUGCUGCUGCUGCUGCUGCUGCUGCUGCUGCUGCUGCUGCUGCUGCUGCUGCUACUGCUGCUGGUUACCCUGGUCGUUACAGAACAAACCCCGGAGGUAGCACUGCAGGUCAGCAGCUGCAGCGUGGGAGUGGAAUAGUGGUGGUGGAUCCAGGGUAUGAAGAGCAUGUGUGCAUACGCUUCCUCCUGCUACUCCCCCCAGGUUUCAACCCUGCUCAACAUGCUAGGCAGGUGACAGCAGGCACGCCAGGAACAGGCUCAGCAGCAGGAGGAGCUGGUGCUACUGCUGCUGGUGGCGGGGGUGGUUAUCCGAGGGGUAGUGGUUCUUUCUCCAGUGAAACUGGGAUGAAUAUUACGGGGGGGCGGAUGCUGCUGGGCGUGGAUCUUAGGCAGACGCACGCUCGUGCGUUUGCGGCAUGGCAGACGAGGCGGAGGGAGGCGUUUGAGAGGAGGCAGAGGGAGCGGCUGGCGGCUCUGGCGGGUGAACGGCCAGAGGAGGAAGAGAUGAGGGAGAGGAAGUGGGAAAAGGAGAGGGAGAGUGAGAGGGAGAAGGAGAAGGAGAGGGAGAGGGAGAGGGAGAUGGAGAGGGAGAGGGAGAGGAAGGCGCAGGAGCAGGUGGGCAAGCGGGGUGCAGGAAGAGCACCGGACACAAAGAAUACGACUCCUGGAGCAACAAACGCAAUUCAAAAGGAGUACCGAAACAUGAUGAGGCUCCAGUCUCGAGGCCACAGCUCCCUGCCCACGGGUUCCUUCACCCUCUCUCUUCCCAACGAGGAAGACCUCUAUGUGUGGCGCGUCCGCCUCUCCCCCCUCGUCUUCAAGGACACACCCUUCCACUCGGAACUAGCUCAGAUCUGUGUUAGCACCACCGCCAUUGAUGGAGCUGUUGGCGCUGCUGGUGCUAGGGGCAGCAGCAAGCAUGGGGCCAGGGAUGCGUUUGUUCGGGUGGCUGGCCAGCAUGGUUGGAAGGUGUGA